GAGCCUAUCGGUUUCGUUUCGUUUCUGUCGUUAUCAACAGCGAGUGACCGCGACGACGUCGUUCGAUUAUUUUUGUUGCAUACAGAAAAAAAAAAAACAAAAACAAAAAAAAUAUCAGUACCGUUGUUGUUGUUGUUUUUGUUGUUGUCGUCGUAGUGCGUGCGGAUUUACAUUGCGCAUGCCGGAGUUUCGCCGAUGUCCGCGAUACCAUCCUGUUGAUCGUUUUUUGUCCUUUUGAAUAGCGUCCGUUUUGCCGCUCGACGAUAUUGCGUUUUUCCACCAAAACAGUUAAACAGUAAUAACAAUAACAAUAUGUCUGACGGGGUACACGACAAACAACUACUGGUCUCAGUGGCCGUCGUUUUCGCAGCAGUUCUGUUUGGUGAGUAAUGGCGGAGCACGUUCCGUGUCUUUUCUUAAUUCCAAUACAUUUUCGUAUUCGGAUUGUUAAAAUCAUAUCCAAACACAGAUUGGCAUGCGGUAGGUGCCUAAUUUAAAUGGUUGACGUGAAGAAGAGUUAAACGAUUUUUUUAAAAAUAGUUACAAAUUGUAACAAAAAAAAAAAAAAAAUAUAUAUAUUUUAAGUAUAGGCAUGUAGGCACAUGGAAUAGGUACCGUAUGAAUAAAUCUUAAGAAUUUAUACAUAAAUACCAUGUAAGAAUGGAUCCAAGACAAGAUAAGGGGGCGGGGAUGGCUAUUUUUAAAAUUAAUUUAUGGCAUACAUUUGGGUAUAAUGAAUCGAGCUAUAUUGGAUAGUGAACAUUAGAGAGAGGUGGUAAUCGCCCCCCCCUCCCUCCCUAUAUCCACCGCUGGUAUCACGUAGACGUGAUUUAUUUGCAAUAGUUUUAUUUGAAAUGAAUAUCGUUAACAAAUUGAAUUUUGAAUGAAGUCACAAAAAAAAAAAAAAAAAAUGAACCAAAUAAUAAAAGAUUGAUACUUUUAUUGAAAUAUGAUUUUAAUACCUUCAUAUGACCAGGAUGAAAUUCACCCUGUCCUUGUUAAAAGUAUAUUAUCAUUUCUGAACAUACUGAAAAAAAAAUGAUUUCUAUCUAAUAUUAUUAUUAGGUGUUUUUAAUUUGAACAUUAUAAUUAUCUCAUGUGGUUAUCCAAAAAAAUAAUUGUAAUAUUUCGAUUUUUGUAAAAUGUGUUUUUUUUUUUUUAAAAAUGUUAAUUUUAUUUUAAAAAGUAAUCCAACAUAUUUUUGUAUAAAUUUGAAAAAAAAAAUAUCCACUUAAACAUUAUUUUUCUUUGACUAUCUUAAUUCUUAAUUACUUAACAAUUUUAAAUAGAAUGGACAUUUUUCAAUAUUAAAUACAGUUUUGUUUACAGUGCAUUCAAGCCCUGGCCGGGUUUCAAAUUUAUCAAUAGGGUCCAAGUAUAGCCCAACUCAAACUUGGGCAUUUUUCUUGUUACCCGCAUCAAUGUUGGGACGGGUUGGGUCUCAAACAAAGCAGAAUGUACAGGACAGGCCCGGUAAAGAUUUUAGCGGUAACCAAUACUCAAUACUAUUCCUCUUAAAUUGUGAUGGCUUCUCUAAAUAGGGUCUUCAUUUUAAAGAUAUGUCUAAAACUUGGGUUUACAUGUAAAUGAUUUGAUCUUUAAUAACAUUACAUGUCUAUGAAUAAUCAAACUAUACUGUUUUAACUAACUAAAAACUAAUGCUAUUUUUAUACGUAUUAUUUGAAAAUUAACAAAAGUAAAAUGGAUAAAUUGAUUAUUCAAAUAUUUAUGAAGGUACCUACUUAUCUAUAUUAUAUGGUUAUCAUAAAAUAUAAACAAUUGGAUAUUUUGUGUUUUUAAAUUGUAGCGUCAUUUGCCAGCGAUGUUGAAAGUCGAAGUUUAUAUAAAGAUAAACCAUUAAAAGAUGAACAAACAGACAAAGUACAACCCCCACAAAAUGGUAAGUUUCACAAUAUUAGUCGCCAAAUUAUUAUUAUCAUUCAGUUAAUUAAUGUCUCAUAUCAAAUAUUGAUUUUAUUUUUAAACAGAUGUUAAAACAACACGCAAGAACACUCUUCUUCAUUCAACAUUGGUCAUCAUUGCAAUAAUAUUAUUUAUCGUAUUAGGUGUCAUGGGCAUAUACUAUUGGGUACUGUUCUACCCGAUUCUUUGCAAGAAAGAACGCAAGUAUGAUGUCAUGCAAAUGUCUGCAAAACCAUAAACGGAAGAAAAAUGUUUUAAUAUUACAUUAAAAAAUUAAAUUACAAUCUCAAGGUGGUGGUUUGUAUUUAAAAUCCGAAAUAAAAAACUAUUUGUAAUUAAUAAUGUUGAACAAAUAUUUUUAUACUUUUAAGAGUUUUAUAUUUGAAAAAAAAAAAAAAAAAAUCUUUUAUAAGCAUUUAUAUCUUGUUUAAAAUUACGACUGAAUAAACUAGUAAGUUGCAGUAAUAUAAAAAUAAUGGUAACUAUUGAAUUUAACUGUUCCUUAAAUUUUAUAGUAAUAAACAUAAACUAUGAUAUUAUACUACUUAAUAGUUAAUAUAAAAUAUUAUUAAUUAGUUUUUUUGAAAUUUGUAUUAAUUUCACUCAUUAUUAUUAGUGUAUUUUAAGUAUUUUUUUUUAUGUUCGAUUUAAUAAUAUUUAAUUUAUUGUGCUAAUCAAUAGAAAAAUUUAAUUAUUAAGUAUUACAUUGAUUGUAAUUGAACAACAUACAAUUUUGCCAUUCAAUUUAUUUUCAUUUACUAUUUAUUCAUAACUUAGUGUUAAUAUAUUAUCGUACACCUAUAGGUACCUAUUUUGUGAAUUUUUUAGGAAUAUAAUAAAAAAAAUAUUUUUGCUUAUAACAAGUUGAUAUUAUGUUAUUCCUUAUUGAUUUGUCAUGCAAUUAUUUUUACCCUAAUUAUUUUACGAUUCAACCAACAUUGGAUAAAUAUAAAUUACUUUUUAAAAAUAACUAAAUUUAGUUGAUUACCUAAGUGACACAAAGUAAAG